CAGAGGGAGACACUCCACCCCCAAACUCCCACCCUCUGUUUUCCACCCUCCCUUCCUCCGAUACACUCUCGCACCCAGUUGCACACAUGCCAGGAUCCUCACACUGUACCUGAGCACUUUACUCCACGCAGCGACCACCCACGCUGGGAUCCAGUUAGCGGAUAGAGAGAGAAGGAGGCUGAAGCAGUUCUGCUAUCCCACUGCCGCUGCACACCUUAUCCUUAUUAGAGUUUCAGCUUCUUUUUCUUCCCUACCACCACCCCAUCAUCAUAUUCACCAUCACCGUCUCAUUCCAAGCCAAUUAGAUCAUGAACCUGCUAUUUUCUGGUUGCUAAGGAGGUGAACUCGAGCUCCGAGGAGUGGACGAGGCGGCACUUUGCUACUAAGAGACAGAAAGAAAGUGAAACAGAGAAACUAAGCAUGGCUCAGGACCAAGGGGCAGUGGGCAUAUCCGACCCAAAUGAUGAUUCUCCCAACAUGAUUGUUUACAGGAAGAUUGAGGAUAUCAUCACACACCUCCAAGACGAGACUGAAGGUGUGCCUGUCAGAACGGUCAAGAGCUUCCUGUCUAAGAUUCCCAGCGUUGUUACAGGUUCAGAUAUUGUUCAGUGGUUAAUGAAGAACCUCAACAUAGAAGAUCCUGUGGAGGCCAUACACAUUGGCAGUCUGAUCGCUGCUCAAGGCUACAUCUUCCCAAUCUCUGAUCAUGUUCUCACCCUUAAGGAUGAUGGCACAUUUUACCGCUUUCAGGCUCCAUACUUUUGGCCAUCUAAUUGCUGGGAGCCAGAGAACACAGACUAUGCCAUCUAUCUGUGCAAGCGGACCAUGCAGAACAAGACCCGGCUGGAGCUGGCAGACUAUGAGGCGGAGAAUCUAGCAAGGCUACAGAGGGCUUUUGCCAGGAAGUGGGAGUUCAUCUUCAUGCAGGCAGAGGCACAGGUCAAGAUCGACAGGAAAAAAGACAAGACCGAGAGAAAGAUUCUGGACAGUCAGGAGAGAGCCUUCUGGGAUGUUCAUCGACCUGUGCCAGGGUGUGUCAACACCACAGAGAUGGACAUCAGGAAGUGUCGCCGCCUGAAGAAUCCUCAAAGAGUGAAAAAGUCAGUAUAUGGUGUAGUGGAUGACACACAGACGCAGAGUCCUGUGCACACACCUUCACAACAGAGCAACAAGGACACCAAAGAGGGCGUAGAGAAAGAGAUUCUGUUCUUGAACACUCAGUUGGAUCGACACUGUAUGAAAAUGUCCAAAGUAGCUGAGACGUUAAUGACCUACACAGAGCAGUAUCUUGACUACGAUCCCUUUGUGUCAAUACCAGAGCCAUCGAAUCCCUGGAUCGGUGAUGACGUCACUCUCUGGGAGCUAGAGGCCAGUAAGGACCCGAGUCAACAGCGAGUAAAGAAGUGGGGUUUCUCUUUGGAUGAGGCUUUAAAGGACCCAGUGGGGCGUGAGCAGUUCCUUAAAUUCUUGGAGUCUGAAUUCAGCUCAGAGAACCUCCUGUUCUGGUUGGCCGUGCAAGAUCUGAAGUCCCGCCCCCUGCUGGAAGUGGCAAUUCGUGCUCAGGAGAUCUGGCAGGAAUUUCUUGCUGAGGGAGCUCCCAGUGCCAUCAAUCUGGACUCGCAUAGCUAUGAGCGCACCAGUCAGAAUCUAAAAGACCCUGGCCGCUAUAGCUUUGAAGAUGCCCAGGACCACAUCUACAAGCUGAUGAAGAGUGACAGCUACCCUCGUUUCCUGCGCUCCAAUGCUUACCAGGACCUCCUGAUGGCUAAAAAGAAGCCUGAGACUGACCAAGGCCGACGCACCUCCCUGGAGAAAUUCACUCGCAGUGUGGGCAAGUCUCUGACAAGUAAACGACUGACGGGCCUCAUGCAGUCCUCCUGACGAGUCCUGGGUUUUGAGAAGUCCAGUUCCCUCCAGAGAAACUGCGGUUUGUUGGGGUGGAAGCAUUGUGGCUAUGAUGGGCCAUGUGUAUGGACCAGCCUCUCUCCAAAACCCACCCAAACAUCACACAGCUACAGAGUCUAGAUGGCAGCAUGCAAUAAGUCCAAUUGAAUCUCCAAACAGCAACAGUGUUGUCUGUGUUUAUUAAAUCAGUGACUACAAUGACUGCAUACAUGAAUGUCAGAUUUCCCAGUACCAUCUAGAGCAACAUAAGUUUAUUUGAUACUUAUACCCAGAGUGUGGCAAGGACGGAACUGAUUGCUCAUUGCUGGAUUUCCAUUUAAAAUGACAUCAGUUCAGCCCUCUCAUUAUCAGUUUUGAAAACAUAAUGUGUGAUGAGAAGGGAUGCAGUAGGCAAUGUCAAGAACAUGUCAACGACAAGCAUUGGAAGAAGAGAGGAUACGUCUCAAACCAUCAGAGCAUUCCAGUGGAGUUUUCAAAGGAGAAAAUGAAAAAAGGGCUUGCAGUGUCUGUGUUCCCUCGAUUGAGGUUUGGACAAAACUUUUAAAACUCUCUCGUCACAUACUUUUUUUUUAAAUGGUGGUGAAAUAUGGAGUAUGAAUGUGGAAGUGAGGGGUUCCCACACAGCUCAGUGUUAUUUGAAUACUUUAAUGACUUCCUGCCAUUUUGGAGACUGUACUCUGUUGAUGGAAAAUAAUUUAUUCUGCGUUUACAGGGCAUGUUAUACUCGACUAUUAGCACAUGAUGUAAGACUUCUAUCGGAGAUGUGAGCAACAAGGAGAAACAUCUUUUAGACUCAGUUUUAUUGAGGGAUUAAAGAAGUAGACACAUGCUCACAUAUGUUUGACCAGGAUAAUUAAUAUAAUUGGCAGCCACUUAAAUCCAAAGCGACUUUCUGUGCAUUCAAGCUAUACAUUUGAUCAGGAUGCGUGUUGCCUGGGAUUCGAACCCACAACCUUAUCUUAGCUAAUGCUAUGCUCAGUGUGUUUCAGCUUUACAGCAAAUGUUUGACCAAACAAACAAUCAUCAAACAAAAAUUUUCAUUAUGUAUGUUUCAAACAAAUGCAUACAGUAGGUCCUUGUUUGUCUUGCUUGCCCGCUUUAAUGAAUGGUAUUGUAAAUCCAGCUUAGAAUGUAAGCGCCUAGUCGCUUAGUGUCAGUGUUGAUGAUGAUGGAUGAUCAUGACGAUGAUGGCCCUUUGCUCUGAGCACAAAGAUAAGGGGAACACAGCCCUUCACUCAUCACAAUUGAGUGGACAACACCGUUUUCACAAAAUUCUAAUCAAUAUGAAAGGUUUUCUCAUAACCAGACAUUCUGAAGAAAGCACAUAUUUACCAAACAACAACUCUCUCCAUCACCUCUGGACAUUCUCCAUUGCAACCCCAGUGGAGGUUUUUUGCUGACAUUAUUUCCUGAAGCACCAUCACUGCCAGAGAUACUUAGACUUUAACAAGCUGCUGUAACUCUGAACACAUGGAUUGUCUCUGCUAUCGUUAGCCCACAAAUUUCCGCAGACGGUAUGGCAGAACAGAAAAGUGUAUGGUUGCUAUGGUACGUCCCCUCUUCAUAUUUUCAGGUAGAAAUGGUUUGUUGACUCGUAACUGCGUGUUAGGUUGGAAUGGAAUGUAUAGACUCUGCAGCUGUUCUGGAUAUAGAAGAUGCUGUGUAGAAUAUUGAACAUUUAUUAUAACUUAGAGGCACAAGUGCCAUAUUCAGCACAAAACUAUGCAUGGAAUAUUUCUGAAGAGUUUUACUACUUUUAGUUUUUUCAAUGACAAAGAUGAUGGUCAGUAGGUCAACAUAAUGGAAAGGAGGACCUGAAGUCCUGAGUCAUUCAAUAAACAUUCAGUUUGGAGAA